CCCGUUUCUUCAGAAUGAAUCACCGCCUAGAUUUCCUCAACCCCACCUCGCUCUCUUCCGCACCAAAAUCCCAAACAAAAUAUCCCCCAACCUUCUUCUCUUUCCCCACCAAAACCCAUAAAUCCAAUCCUCCGACCCCAACUCCAUGGCCACGUCUUCCUUCGUGGAAGCCACCCCAUUGAAAUGGAAGCAAACCUUCCCAUUUCAGCUCCCCCCUCCUCAUCUACUCCCAACCAGCACCACCUCCUUCACCAGACCCAUUAAAUUUGGCAGCGGAAUCUUGUAUUUAAAGCUCCAAGGCUCCCCUAGAUAUAGCGUUAAAUGCUUCCUUGUCGCCAAGAAUAAGCAUUUAACUGACCGGGACUUUGACAAUUCUGUCUCGCUUAAUAAUGAAAACUGCCGGAACCCGUUUGAAAUUGUUGCAAAUUCUGUAUAUAACAUCAUAAAGGCAUUGAGAAAACCCGCGAUUGCCGCGGUGCUGUUGGGGUUGCUAUUAAUGUACGAUCCCAAUUCGGCGUUGGCGGCCUCUGGAGGUCGAAUGGGUGGGAGGUCGUUUUCCUCGCGGUCUUCAUCCUCUUCUUCGUCGUCGAGGAGUUAUUCCGUGCCGAAGACGUCGAGCCCGGGGUAUUCUUACACGGUGCCGUAUUACGCGCCUUCACCUUUCGGUUUUAGCGGUGGCGGCGGCGGAUUCUACCUGGGGCCGGCUGUCGGGGUCGGAGUGGGAGGUGGGUCGAGUUUCUUUUUUAUUCUAAUGGGUUUCGCGGCGUUUGUCUUGGUUUCGGGGUUUCUUUCGGAUCGGUCGGAUGGUGGUGUUCUUACUGCUACCGAGAAGACAAGUGUGUUGAAGCUUCAGGUUGGAUUGUUGGGCUUGGGGCGGUCACUCCAAAGAGAUCUUAAUCGGAUUGCUGAAACUGCAGAUACAUCUAGCUCUGGGGGUUUGAGCUAUGUGUUGACAGAGACAACGCUAGCUUUGCUUCGGCAUCCUGAUUAUUGUAUCUCAGGUUAUUCAUCUGUGGAUUUAAAGAAGGGCAUGGAGGAUGGAGAGAAACGCUUUAAUCAACUUUCUAUUGAAGAACGGGGUAAAUUUGAUGAGGAAACACUUGUCAAUGUGAACAACAUUAAAAAGCAAAGCACAGCCAGUCAGAGAUCUAAUGGAUUCAGCAAUGAGUACAUAGUGAUAACAAUCUUGGUGGCUGCUGAAGGAGUACAUAAGCUGCCCGCCAUCAAUGGUAGUGGGGACUUGAAAGAAGCCUUGCAAAAGCUUGGAUCCAUUCCUUCGAGCAAGAUAUUAGCGGUUGAGGUAUUGUGGACCCCUCAGAAUGAAAAUGACACUUUGUCGGAGCGGGAACUUCUCGAAGAUUAUCCACUUUUGAGGCCUCUGUAAUAGUAUUUCAACGGACUACCUUUUCCCAUGCAGGAAGAGGUAUGAACUGAACUGCUCAUUGGAUUUAAAAUGACAUUUGAGUAAGAAAAAAUUGUCUAUAGUCCACAGAAAUGAUAUUUGUCUCAUCUCAUAUUUGAUAAGAUAGUUUCUUAAUGUACUGAAUUUGUAAGCUUUUAGGAACUGGUCUGUAUAUUUAGUAUUUUACAUUAAAUCCUCAGCUUUCUUUCCCCCAAUUGUUCAUUCUGCAAUCCAUUUGAGUUGUAAAGGUGGACUUUGGUAUUUUCACUUUAUAAUAUAUACCGUGAAUGAUGUUCUUAAUCUUGACAGAGAUGUAUAUUA